UGGAACGUUUCUCCGGACUCCGGGAUCCGGGAGCAAUUUUUUUUUUUAGUCCGGGGGAGCAGCAGCAGAGCGCGCUUUGCCCUAACUCCCCUAUUUUAUACGAAUUGCUGGAAGGAUUUUCGUGUUUUAUUUUAGUGUACACGUUAAUUGAAAAUCUUAUAUGUACUCAUAGUAAUAGGUCUGUGUUUUAUUAGGAUUAGAAAAAUGUCGCAAUCAAUAACUAGUUUACAAUAAUGUAGAUAUCAGCCCAAUUUAAAUAUACCUACCAUCAAUGUUUUGCCAAAUGGACUUUUUGUGAAUACCUCUUAUAACACCCCAAAAUAAAAACCAUGGCCACACCAUCCGACAGUCCAAUAGAAGAGGUUGUAUUUGAAAUAGAACCGUCCAGAAUACCCAAGCCAAUACCGGUGGCACUAGAAGACCUUUGCAGACUUACCAAAUUCACCAGACAAGAGAUAAGGAUUAUGUAUCGAGGAUUUAAAACUGAAUGUCCUGAAGGUGUAGUCCAUGAAGAUAGUUUUAAGGAUAUUUAUUCCAAGUUCUUCCCGCAUGGUAAUGCCACUUUAUACGCCCAUUACGUGUUUAAGGCUUUUGACGUAAACUGUAAUGGAGCGAUUAGUUUUAGAGAUCUACUCAUAACGUUGUCCACGCUACUCCGAGGAAGCGUGUACGAAAGACUCAGAUGGACGUUUAAACUUUACGAUAUUAACGGAGAUGGAUGUAUUAGUCGUGGAGAAUUGGGAGAAGUGGUCAGCGCAGUACACGAAUUAAUGGGACGAAGGGCGCAUCAGGUUGAAGAAGAUCGAAAAGCAAGGGAACAAAUAGACAGAGUAUUUCGUAAACUAGAUCUAAAUCAAGACGGCGUAAUCACAAUUGAAGAGUUCAUGGAGUCCUGCCUAAAAGACGAAGUAAUAACAAAGUCGUUGCAAAUGUUCGAUUGUAUUCUGUGAUACGAUGACGCAAACAAAAUUUUAAUCAUUUUUGUUUCGAUUAAGUGUUAAAAAUGUAAUUUGUAAAAAAAUACUAUUUUUAAAAUGUGUCGGUAUAGUAUCUAUAUUCGUUAUAUUGAUUGUUUUUAAUACCUUCUAACUAAAUUAUUUACGUGUGCUACUAAAAGUACAUCAUCAUCUACAGGGAAAAUAUUAAAAUACUAUAUUUAAUGAAGUUUUGUUUUAAAUUUUAAAUAUAA